AUGGAGUUCGACCUGGCCGCAGCCGUCGACUCCAAGGAGCCCCAGGGGACAGGCCAAGUGGGAGACCACAAACACAGCCCCCACAAAGUUCGGGCCGCGUCAGAGGCGGGGGCGCCUGAUAAACCGAGGGGUGGCGGUCACCGCAGCUCCUCAGACUCCAGCAGCGACAGCUCCAGCGACUCGGACAUGGAAGCAAAGCCUCCCGCGGCCGCCUCCGAAGGGCACAAGAGCACGCCGGCCAAGGUCAAGAAGCCCAAGGCGAAAAAGAAGAAGGAGAAGAAAGGCAAGGCGAAGAAGGAGGCUCCUCACUGA